UCAGGUUUGUUUAUGCACUGAAAAGCCAAAAGCGUAAUGGCGCCGGACAGGUUGUGAUGAGCUAGCGGGAAUAGUAACGAAUCGACCUACACCCUCGGAAAGAGUACGUGGUGAAAUAAGUAAAGAAACCUAAGAUAAAUUGCUCAUCGCGAAAAUGCAGAUCACUUUGAAAACCCUCCAGCAGCAGACAUUUAAAAUCGACAUAGACGAAGAGGAGACGGUAAAAACCUUAAAGGAAAGAAUUGAGAAUGAGAAGGGAAACGAUGGUUUUCCGGUUGCAGGGCAGAAAUUGAUAUAUGCAGGGAAAAUCCUAAAUGAUGACACUGCUAUCAAGGACUAUAAGAUUGAUGAGAAGAACUUUGUGGUUGUCAUGGUGGCAAAGCCUAAAGCAGCCCCAGCAGCUGCCCAGCCUUCUGGUUCUGCCACCACCUCCUCCAGCACUACAGCCCCCACUGUACCCACGGCUGCCUCGCCAGGCUCAGAUGACCCACCAGAGGGGUCCAAGCCAGCCGAGGAGAGGCCCUGCAGCACUUCAGCACCAGCAUCAACCCCCACCAGUUCCUCUGGUCUAUUGACAAAUGUGAACAUGUUCGAGGAGGCAACUUCUGCUCUGGUGACAGGCCAAUCGUAUGAGAACAUGGUGACAGAGAUGAUGCUGAUGGGCUACGAGAGGGAGCAGGUAGUGGCAGCGCUCAGAGCCAGCUUCAAUAACCCAGACAGAGCUGUGGAGUACCUGCUUACAGGGAUCCCAGCUGGGGAGGAGAGCCAUGUGGGUGCUGACCCAGUGGUGCCCUCUGUGGGUGGAGGAACUCCAGCUCUCAACACAGGCAGUAUGACGACCCCCGCCAGCGUUGCAACAGGAGCCAAUCCUCUGGGGUUCCUGGUUAACCAGCCUCAGUUCCUCCAGAUGAGACGGAUCAUCCAGCAGAACCCCUCUCUGCUCCCUGCCUUACUACAGCAGAUAGGGAGGGAGAACCCCCAGCUUCUGCAACAAAUCAGCAGCCACCAAGAGCAGUUUAUCCAGAUGCUGAACGAGCCAGCCCAGGAGGGAGGACAGGGUGGUGGUGGUGGAGGAGGUGGUGGUGGUGGUGGAGUGGGGGUUGGUGGGGAGGCUGGAAGUGGCAUGAACUACAUCCAGGUCACACCCCAGGAGAAGGAGGCCAUUGAGCGGCUAAAAGCCCUAGGAUUCCCAGAAGGACUUGUUAUACAGGCCUACUUUGCCUGUGAGAAGAACGAGAACUUGGCUGCUAACUUCCUUUUACAACAGAACUUUGACGAUGACUAGAAAGGGAGCCAUGAUAGUCAUUUUGAUCCUUUUUUCCCCCCUCUACUUUUUUGAUUGAUCAAUAUCUCAUAAAAGCAUAAAAACAUGGGUCUUCAGUUUCCUGAAUUUUCCUACAAAUACAUGAUACAUCUUCUUGGUAACAGUGGAUCAUAGUUUUUGUAAGAAAUAAAAGCUUUUUCUAAUCACCUUAAUGGUUGAAUUGAGUAACAGUUACUUAGUUCAUCAGAUCACCAGUGUACUACCUGUUUUUAUUUCAUUCAGCCAAAGACCAACAUGAUUGUUUCUCACAAGGAAAUAAAUACUGGUUUAAAGGGUUGAUCACAGAACGUUGUUUCCCAAUGUUGUUAUAAAAGAUGAGCUUGUAUGUGAUUGGGAAGUUUAUGGUAUAUUCAUUCCUAUACAUAAUUGUUGCUUUUUUUCUGUCUCAAUUUACCAGUAUAGGGAUCCCAGUACAUAAUAAAUAAAUAAAAAUGCAAUUUGAAA